GAUGUCGUAAUUAGUUGUAAGUGGCAGCAUUCAAUCUUACCAUGAAUCUAAUUCGAAGGUCAUAUACAGAUUUUUACAGUGGUAAUAGUAGUUCGCACAAAAAUCAUAGUCUCCUGAAAUUUGACUUUUCUGAAUUCUGACACGUACAUAUAUCCCUACCGCUAUAGUGAUAACGAUUUACGAUACCUACCUAUUAGAGUUCGACUUCUAUCUGUUUCUGAGCUCAUCACUAAUAAUAAAAAUUCAAUUAUAAAACAUUAUUAUUAUUAUUAUUGCUAAAACAGUCGUGAUUGCAGGAUUUAUAUGUGAGUGCAUUUAAUAAUAUAACUAUAUAAUUACACAAAUUUAAUAAUAUUGUUCAAUAAGACAGGGCGCUUUUCACUUGAGAUAAAAUAAGAUACAAUGAUGAUAGAAACAUUUGUGUUUUUUGAUAUAGAAACUACAGGACUUCCCCAAUUUGAAAAGAAUAGAACUAAAAUUACAGAAUUGACCUUUAUUGCGGUAGCUCGAAAGGACAUUGAGACAAGUGAAUGUUUACCUCUAAUGAAUAAAUUGUCUUUACUUUUUAACCCAGAAAGGAAAAUUCAAAAAGAAGCUUCGAGGAUCACAGGUUUAACAAAUAACAAUUUAAAAAAUCAACCUAUUUUUAAAGAUAAAAUUCAAACAAUAAAUACUUUUCUGUUAGAACUCAACCAGCCUGUGUGUUUGGUUGCUCAUAAUGGCAACAGGUUUGAUUUUAAAGUACUUAGAGCUGAAUUUUGUGAGGCAGGCCAGGAUUUGCCAUCUCAUCUACUUUGCUUAGAUUCACUGACAGGUUUUAGAAAGAUUGCAAAAGAUAGUAUGUAUAUUUGUAGUAGAGUUCCUUCAAGCGCCAGUAAAAAUAUUACGAUAAAAACAAUUCAUAAUCGAGAAACAAAUAUUACAACUUCCUUAAAAGUUGAUGAUUUACUAACUGAUGAUGAUGAUGAUGAUUGGCCACAGCUUAACACAAGCACUGAAAUAUGGGAAAAAAUUGAUAAAUUAUCUAUUAAUGAAUGUCCUGCGAAUAAACCAAGAACAACAGAGAAAGUGUCUUGUCAAUUAACUGCUUUAUACAAGAGAUUAUUAAAAAAAGAGCCACUAACUUCACACAGAGCAGAAGCAGACUGUAUUAUGUUAUUAGAAUGUGUUACUACAACCAAACAGAGCUUUUUACCGUGGGCUGAUAAAAAUUGUAAAUUAAUUAGUGAAGUUAAGCCUCUAAUACGUAGUUAAGGUUCAUUUAAAGUUAAGUAUUAAGUUUAUAUUUACAAUAUUUAAUAAUUAUAUAUACUUUUAUAUAUAUAUAACAUAUAUUUUUAUUAUUUUAAAUAUGUACUGACUUAAUC